AUGACGGUGGACAGCAAGCUCCCCUACAAGGUUGCCGACAUCUCGUUGGCCGACUUCGGUCGCAAGGAGAUCAUCAUGGCAGAGAACGAGAUGCCCGGUCUGAUGGCUAUGCGCGCCAAGUACGGAAAGACCAAGCCCCUCAAGGGUGCUCGGAUCGCUGGCUGCCUGCACAUGACCAUCCAGACCGCGGUGCUCAUCGAGACUCUGACCGAGCUGGGAGCUGAGGUUCAAUGGUCGUCGUGCAACAUUUUCUCCACCCAGGACCAUGCUGCCGCCGCCAUCGCCGCCACUGGCGUGCCCGUCUACGCCUGGAAGGGUGAGACCGAGGAGGAAUACGAGUGGUGUGUCGAGCAGACCAUCGUCUUCCCCGAUGGAAAGCCGCUCAACAUGAUCCUCGAUGAUGGCGGUGACCUGACCAACAUCGUGCACCAGCGUUACCCCCAGUACCUGGAGGGAAUCCGUGGACUCUCAGAGGAGACCACGACCGGUGUGCACAACUUGGCGAAGAUGCUCGAGAAGGGAGACCUGAAGGUCCCGGCCAUCAACGUCAACGACUCCGUGACCAAGUCGAAGUUCGACAACCUCUACGGAAUUCGUGAAUCCCUGAUCGACGGUAUCAAGCGCGCCACGGAUGUUAUGUUGGCCGGAAAGGUGGCUGUUGUCGCCGGAUACGGAGACGUCGGAAAGGGAUCCGCCGCUUCGCUCCGCGCUUUCGGCUCUCGCGUCAUCGUGACAGAAAUCGACCCCAUCAACGCCCUUCAGGCCGCGAUGGAAGGUUUCGAGGUCAAGACCCUUGAGGAGGUCGCUUCGAUCGCCAACAUCAUUGUCACCACCACCGGAUGCAAGGGAAUCGUCCGCGGCGAGCACUUCGAGGCCCUACCUGAUGAUGCCAUCGUCUGCAACGUUGGACAUUUUGACUGCGAGAUCGACGUCAAGUGGCUCAACGCCAACGCCGCCAAGAAGGACACCGUCAAGCCUCAGGUCGAUCGGUAUACGAUGAAGAGCGGACGUCACGUCAUUCUCCUCUCCGAGGGGCGCCUGUGCAACCUUGGUAACGCCACCGGACAUCCUUCUUUCGUCAUGUCGAAUUCUUUCACCAACCAGGUUCUCGCCCAAGUCGAGCUGUGGACAAAGUGGGGCACCCCGGAACAAUACAAGCUGGGACUCUACGUGUUGCCCAAGACCCUCGACGAGGAAGUCGCCCGCCUUCAUUUGGACAAGCUCGGGGUCAAGUUGACGAAGCUGACCACCGAACAAGCCGAGUACCUUGGAGUGCCACAGAACGGACCUUUCAAGCCCGACCAUUAUCGCUAU